UUUUCUUCAACCCGUCAACCGGCCUUUUGUCUGCUUACUCUUUGUUUCAAAGGAUUCCUUUCUUUGAGAGAGAAGAAGAAGAAGAAAAAUGUUAGUAGGAGACUGUGAAAAGAUGGUACAAAUCUCUUCCACUACUAAUGAAAUAUGGCCACAGCAGAAUAAUGAGAGUAGGGACAUAGAGAAAUCAAUUAGCCAAGAUCAACAACAGCAACAAUCCCUAAAGUGUCCUCGUUGUAAUUCAUCAAAUACCAAAUUUUGUUACUACAAUAAUUAUAGUUUGUCUCAGCCAAGACACUUUUGCAAAAGUUGUAAAAGGUAUUGGACUAGAGGUGGUACCAUAAGAAAUGUCCCAGUUGGAGGUGGCUGUAGAAAAAACAAGAAAAUCAAGAAACCAAAUAUUACUACUACAAAUCCUAGCCAUAAUUUUCAUCAACCUCAAAUAAUUGAUCUGCCUCCUAUAAUCCCAAAUCAUAGUAAUCCUAAUUUGUUUUAUGGAUUUCCAACUAACCCUUCUGAUCUUAAUACUCAAUUUCCAAGAUUGCUCAAUUCUAGGGUUUCUAACACUGAAAAUCUUGGACUAGGGUUUUCUUCUGGUCAGAUCCAAGAUGCUAUGACUACUACUAACUCUAAUUCACAUCUUUCAAGUUACCCCAUCUUAAAUUCUACUUUGUCCUCCCUUAUAGCUUCUAAUCUUCAACAACAACACUUCAUUUCAAACAAUAACAAGUUCCAGGAUUUGUGUCCUUAUAGUUGUGAAGGUGGAAAUUGGAUAAUGUUGAAAGGAGUGAAAAUGGAAGGUGAGAACCAAAACAGGUUGGAUUGGAACAUUUCUAACCAUCAGAUCAAUCAGAUUGAACAGAUUAAUUCUGUUGAUCCUUCUCUUUCUUGGGCUGGUACUUAUGUUGAUCCUUCAAAUAUAGAGUCUUCAGUCCGUUCUCUGAUCUAGGUCAAAUUAAAGCAUUUGGCUUUUCCUUUUUCUCCUACAUUUUCUCCUUCCUUUUUAUUAAUUAGGGUCUCUUAUACUACUGUGUGACCAUCUCGUUGAACAGCUUACAAUACGUUUUUUAUUUACUUAAUUUAUGUUCAACAUGUCUCUUUACAUGAGUGUGUUCGAUUUUUUUAAUGGAUUAAAUAUGUGAAUGUUUUUUCUAUAAUGGGUGCGCGGUUAUACUAUGGUAUCCAAGUAGACAUAAGUUGCUUGUUCGAGAGGGUCCUAGGCUUGAGUCUCGCUACUGAAGCCUGUUAUCAAAAAGAAGUUUCAUGUGUUUUGAUGGUGGAAAAGAAUCUGAUUUGUAUAUAAAGAAAGACGUGUUGAAGACAUGAUUAAGUUAAUAAUAAUAUAUUUUUUCUUAAUCCUUAAACUUUUAGAUUAGAUGGUCGUGAUCUUUCCUAAGUAACUGCUUUUGUUUGGUUUGCUGAGUCUGGAGUUUCGUUGGGUUCUCAGAUUUAGAACAAUGAAGUUUACAUUAACGCGGCUUUGAAGGAGACGAACUUUGGAUCAUUUUCUUCUCGUCAUCUCAAGUUUUUCCUAAGAAGAGAACAAGUUAUACAUACAUAGUUUCUUUGAAGGAGAACUCUGGUACAUUUUGCAAUACCAGUGAGUUUUUACGAUCUUAUUUUGCAUGUCCAUAGAUGAAGACAUUGAAGCUUAUGAUGUUUCUUUUAGGAUGUGUAUUAGAUUUUGGGAUGUGUGUUACAAUGUUGGAAUCCUCAUGCAAGUGAAAUUACUUGUUCUUUUAAAUACUUUCUUUUUUCA